AUGAGGAAUCUGCAAUACCCCGUUGCCCUUCUCGCGGCACUCAUCUCCAAAGCCGGGGCCGUUGACUUUACCAUCGCUGGGGGCCAGAUAUUCACACCUGGGUUUGCUGUUCUUGAUGCGCCUCAACCAGGUACCCCAUUAGGUGGAGAUACUAUCGAGGUAGCUCUUGAUGUGACUGCGAAUGGCAAAUUAAAUCUCCCUCCCUAUAGUGAUGAUAGCCCCAGUCGGAUCAACAACAUCACCAUCUUCCUAUACAGUUAUAACACAGGAAGGAACUUCACAAUAACGAACGGAACGGCCUCAAUAAAUGAUAUAAGUCUAGGAGACAUCAUGGAAUCCGAACCGGGAAGUACUGUCAAACAUGUCAAGUGGCAUUGGCCAGAUUGUCUCAUCGGUGAUGGAAAGCCAGAUACCGCAGACAGUGAUCGUGGAGUCUACAAUAUAUCCAUCCGCCAAAAUUUCCGUCUUAACGGGGAGGAUCACUACACGAUCUUCGACGUGCCAAUCUCGGUAACCAAUAAGAUUGAAUUCACCGGGGACAAUCCGCCUUGUGACCUAGUGAAUAACCCCUUGCUCUCACCAGAGGAGAUCGAUGUCGAGUCUGCUAAUAGUGUCGGCAUUCUAUUCGCACCUGGAGAUUCGACCGUUAUUCAACAGCCCGACUCUACUGACAACCUAGAAAAUGGUCUCGGAAGCAGUGCCAAUACACUGAGGUGGAAGCUGCCAUCAGAACGGCUUUCUUUAUUCCUCAUCAUAUAUUUAUGUAUUCUAUAA